CUUUGCUAUUAUUAUGAAGUCGCACUUCGGGGAAACCCCGCGUUUACGAAUACGUCAUGUCACACCCGGAAGUGCGUAGUGCAUGCGGAACUUAACUCGCUACUGUGAUUUUUGAAAUGUUAUAUCCUUAAUGAGUCAACUGUCAAAGUCACUGUGAGUUCUUCAAAUAAUAAUAUCACAUUAUAUCGACAAAAUGACAAGCAAUGUUGUUUUUGUGGAGGAGCCGUCUUCACACUUGUUGUGUCCCGUGUGUAAGAAUCUGCUUUUGGAGCCGAUGAUCAGUGUAGAAUGUGGUCACACGUUUUGCAAGGCUUGUCUGCAGAACACCGGCGAGGGAGUCGCAAGCCUCGCGGAGUGUCCCGUGGACUCUAAGCCCCUCAAGGGUACCCGCUCCGUACCCAAUAGGUCCAUCGAAUCGCAAAUUGACGAACUCCAGAUCUUCUGUAAAUGUGGCAUCAAGAGGCUGGACUCUAGGAACGAUGUCGUAGAAGAUGAGACAGGAUGCCCAGAGAUCAUUCCUCUGGCAUCUCAGACAAGCCAUGAGGAGGAAUGCUCCUUUGUCAAGGUUGUCUGCCCAAACAGCGCCCUCUGUGGAAAGGUUCCUCGAAGCAAGCUGGAGGAUCACUUUCAAGAGUGUCAACAUUUCCCUUGUGAUUUCACAGAAAGAGGUUGUUCAUUCAGGGGAACCAAACAGGCAGUUGAAGAUCACAUUAAGUCAUGCACCUGCCAAUUAACAAGUGAAAGCAUUCCAUCUGUGGUCCUGGAGUUACAGAAGGAGAACAUUGAACUGAAGACGCAGGUAGAGGCUUUGAACCACAAACUUGCAGUAGUAGAACAGUCACAUGAAAGCCUAUUGACCCACAUGAAGAAGCUUGAAGUUCAGAUGCAAGCAGUGACAGAGAAGCUUAAUGAUACCAAUGGUCUGAGGUCUUCCUCAUCCCCAGGGUAUGAUAGUUACCCCCCUUCCAGGACCCCCUCUACCAGAUCCAUGAGGCUUAGUCGCAGUGGUAGCGCUGGAAGCAUAUCAGGUCUUCGAAACUCUAUGGAAUUUAUAAUAUCCCAGAGUCCUCGUUCAGACUCCUGGCAGAUCCCAUUUGAGUUCAAAUGCAUCGGAACUCUCAUGGGCCAUAGUAACGCAAUAAACUGCAUUGCAAUUAAUGGUCACAAGGUGUACAGCAGUGGAGGAGACUUCCACAUUAAGGUGUGGGAUAUUGAGAAGCUGAGCAAAGGAUGUAUCCAAACCAUGCAGGGACAUACAAACACAGUACAAGUUCUGGUAGCUUCAUCAGACUUCCUCUAUAGUGCAGGAGACGAUAGAACCAUUCGCAUGUGGAGAUACAACACAGCAGGCACAGAAUUCAAAUGUCGGAAUGAUGCUCAUGCCAAGUCUAUCAGUGCUAUGAUAAAGGUUGAAGGUCACAUCUUCACAUCCUCACAUUCAUUCAUCAAGGUGUGGACGGCUGAAUCUUUGGAGUUAAUCCAUACCAUCUCAGGGCUACAUCAUUGGGUUAGAGCUCUUGCUGUGGAUUCUAAAAUGGAGAGACUGUACAGCGGUUCACACAACUCGUUGAGCGUCUGGGACACCAAGCCACCGUUUGCUCUCAAAAGGAAGUUAGAUCACACCUAUGGUUCCAUCUACUCCAUAGCAAUCACACAUCAAUACAUUCUCCUUGGUACUUACAACCAAAAUGUUAAGAUUAUUGAAGUCGAUACUUUCACUCCCAAGUCGUCGUUGAGUGGGCAUAUUGGGACCGUUAGUGCUAUUAGCUCAAGUCCGGAUGGCAGGUUUGCAAUAACAAGCUGCUACGACGGCAAAGCAAGGAUAUUCAACUUGGAGAAUUUCCUGAGUUUGCAGGUUCUGUCCCGUCACCAGGGUAGCAUCAAUGCGAUCUCUCUACGCAAUGGUCUACUCUUUACAGGCUCAGAAGACAAAGAUAUCAAGAUUUUCAAGUACUUCAAAGCAAUCACAUACAGCAGCUAUGGCAUUCACAUCACACCUGGCAAAGAUACAUGAGAGAAAAUUAAAGCAUUUACAUGGCAGCUGCAUCACACCAUUAGAGGAUCAAAGGAAUUCUGUGUUUGCUGCAUUUUAUUUAUAUUACUUCUGCUCAAUUUAAAUCUAGUAUAAUCGCUACGUUUAAUGGAUUCAUAGCUCUUUGUGUAUCAGAAUACGUAGAGAGCUGCAAACAGUACAGCAUCUCAUAAAAGGUCUGAAACUGACUUGCUACAGUUGCUUUUUAGCAAACUACCCCAUUGUCUGGUGUCAUGUAAUAAUAUGUUUGCCUUUUUUCUUAGCUCUUUGUCGAUAAAAAAAUGCAUUGAGAACUAAAAACAGUACAAGACACAAGAUUAGUGAAAUGGUGAUUUCUUCCAUUUUGUAACAUUUGCUUUUGGGGGGCUUCCAUUUUGCAUCUUAUCCUAUUUUUUAGAUAUAUGGGGAGGGGGAAUCUUCUCAAAACAAUAUUGACAUCAAUAAGAUAAUAUGAUAAUGUUAAAUGGGUACCGGUAGGAAGGAAUUCCUUAAAAUGCUGUGAGCGUCGAAAUAGGCAGCCUAGCAUAGCCGAAUAAUGUUGGAGCGCCU